AUGGCAAGACACACUUCCCUGGACUCCGAGCGACCGAUCAUGGCGCAGUCCAACCGAGCCUCCAAGCGAUUCUCCACCGUGAGUGGCGCCCCCUCGAUGGUCUCGUCGACCGGAAGCAUCGCCAGCGGCGACCCCCGCAUCGCCGAAGUCCGGAACCUCCGCGACGGUCUCGAUCGCCUCGAGAACAAACCCCUGACGCAGCAACGUUUCGUCCCGACCGCCGAGAAGACCGAUAGCAUGGGCAAACUGGCCCUGGGCGCCAAGGUGGAACGUGCUCUGGGCCGCCGAAUGACCAGCCAGGAUGCGGUGAUGCGGAAACCGGUUCUGAGCGAGAAGCCUAUCAGCAAGGUUACUGGUCAUUGA